AAACCGUUGUGGAGUUUGGUUCUUUUGCUGUGAUCGGCUAGUAAAAGAUAAAUAACAGCAAAAAGUGAUAAAAAGUUGUUAAUUGGAAUUUUGUUCUGCCAAAGUAGAUAUAAACAUAAAAGGAUUUAUUCAGUUCUUGUCACGUUUUGUAUAAUAAAAUCGAAGAAGAAACAAAGUAGUUUGCAAGUGUCAAUAAACUAAAAGUGAGGAUAUUACAGUGUAGACUAAAGAUAUAAGGAUUAAUUAUACCUUGAACAAAGACCUUUGUAAUUGCUAAACAAAAAAAAAAAACAGUGGCAGAAUGAAGUCAAUUUUCAUAAUUCUGGGUUUGUUAAUCUGUGGAACAGUCAAUGGAAAACCAGCUGAUUCCCGUGAUGCUAUUGUUGAAAUUGAAAAACAAAGAUUGGUCAAAUUUCCUGAAGACAUUGACCAACGUCAUGACGAUGAUACGAACAGUGAAAAAACAGAUGAAGCCAAGCGAAUUUUAGAAGAAAUUGAUAAAAUUAAUAAAGCUUUGGGCUAUGUCAAAAAACAGCCAGAACGAAAAUUACCACCUAUACUAGACUCCAGUCAAUAUUUAUUUCCAAAACCAACCUACCAUCCCUUUCACGCACAAAAUCAUCAAGUUGCUGGUAGCAAUGGUGAAACGUUAUUAGUGCCCUCAAUCAGAGCAAUAAAUUUUCCUCAAGCCCUUAUUAACUAUAACGUACCUGUGAAAAGAAAGAAUACUAAAGAAAUACAAAGUCUAAAUGUUAAAAACUUACCCAUAAACCCAAUCGAUUUGAAUGCUAAUAAAGAACAAUUGGAAUUACAGAAGCCACUUUUCUUUCGACCAAAUCAAGUAAUUGUACCACACUCUGCGGCACAAAAACAACAAUUACCAACAGAAUUUGUCCUGCCUGUGCAUCUUUAUAAGCUUAAUAAGGAGGAAUUUAUUGAAAAAAAUUCACCACAACAGUAUCGCAUUAAAAGUUACAAUAUCGUUGGGGAUAUUGAUCACUUCUAUGGUAAAACCAAAACAAAGCAAAAAGUCAAUAAACCUGGCAGCAACUUGAAUUCAUCACUGAAGUAUCAUCUGUUUUUCCUUCCACAAGACAUAACAUUGGAUGAGACAGCCAUGGCUAAGCAUAGUCAGAAGCAAAACAGCACAAUUGCCGCAGAGUUAAGUAAAGAGGAUGCAACACAAGAUACUGGCUCACGUGAGCAUAAACAAGCCGUACGACCAUAUAAAGUGCAGACGAGUCUCAGUACAAAUACCAACAAGGGAGGCACAGUCAAUGCCACUGCCAUCACACAAAUUACACGUAAACGCGUUGUACCUAGACCAGUCGUAGACAGAGAACCCAGUGCAUUGCAAGUGGCCACACAGCAAUUGCAAAAUCCCAACAAUGGCAAUGGCAAUAGCAAUGGUGCAGUUAUAACAACAGCACAUAUAACGCCACCAACAGCAAUUUCUGUUGGCAACAAUCAGCAGAAUGUGAAUGGUAAACCAAAUAAGACGAAUGUGCCACAAAAUAGUAAUUAUAAUAAAAAUCCAAAUAACAAUAAUGCCAAUAUAGGUACGACUAAUAAUAGUAAUACCGGCACCAACAAUAAUAAUAAUGGCAUUAUCAGACCACUAAGCAAUCAAUUAAGAAACAGCACUGCCUCAACAAUCAUUAAAAAUGCAUUUCAGAAUAUUUUCAAAUUGCCUUUCCGAGGGGAGGGGAAACCAAAUGAUCCUACACCUCUUGGACUACAAUAUCCACAGAGUGCAUAUUUAGCUGGUCAAGCAAGUAUACCACAACCAAACUACAGCACUGGUUUAGUAAAUGAUGACGAUUACAAAUGGGAUGAUAGUGCCAGCAAUAGUGCGGCUGAAGAAGAAUCCACCGAACAUGUAGAGAAACAAUUCUUCGGUAAUCGACAUGAACAGCAGCAAAACACACAAAGGGAGGCGCUGAAACAGGGUGGUAUUAUAAUUCAAAGACUAAAAGUGCGGAAAGGUGGUAUAGCUAUUGCCGGACCAGGUGGUGUUGCUACUGCUGGCAGUGGCGGUACGGCUAUUGUUGGACCUGGUGGCUAUGCACUUACACAUCCACGCAGUUUGAUAAUUGCUGGUCCUGGUGCAAAAGUUAUUGCCAUACCGGCAGAUGUUGAUCUACAAGAUGCAUUGCAACGCACAGAUUUAAGUACGAAAAGUUUUCCGAGAGAGGGUAAAAUCGUUGCUACGGGGCCUACAGUUUAUUACUCACCAGCAACAGGCGCAGCGGGGGAAGUUUGAGUUCAUUUGUACUUAGCUUUUUGUCUUUUAUUCAAUUAAGUUUUAUAGUAUUUUUUUAAAUUAAAUAAGUUAGUCUAAUUUAAUUUUGUAUGAGUAUU